GUAAGCUGCGGCCGCAGCAAGACAACAUAAUAUAAAUACGCAGACCGUAUGCUUUGCCCCUGCAUCUUCUAGCGGUGGUUUUCGUAGCGCUAAUUCUUUUCUUAAUUUUUCAUAUACCAACAUCUCAUAAUGAAGGUCGUCGCCGUCGUUCUCGCUGGCCUUGUGGCCACCGGCGUUGCUCACAACCAUGUCCACGGAUCCGGAUCAGACUUGCCUCAACCCCAAAUGUCCAAUUGCUGGGGCUACUAUGGUGACGCUGCAGGAACUGCUUGUGUAGCAGCCGCAGUCGCAGGAGCGAGGGCUGGUCGAUGCCACGGCCUCUGCAUUGGCGAUGGCAACACUCAGUGCCAAAACGGAAACCCCGGAGGACUUGCAGAAUGCGUCGCAUGCUCUCAAAACAAUGACUGCUCGACAUACCGUGGUGGCUACCCCGCUGCCUGUACCACAAUCCUGCCACUAGGAAGUGAUGCUCAAAAAUUCUGCAAAGCCUCGGGAUGGCUCAACCAAGGUCACAGCGAAGGACAAAUACUCGGACUCUAAACGCUGAGUGGAUUGGACACUCGAGUGCAGUUUGGAGACUGGACGUGCGAGAAGAAUCUCAUAUUUUGGAUGGAUGACGGCACCAAUGGUCCUAGCAAGAAUCUUAAUUGUGAUGAGCGUUGGUGUCAAGAGUACCAAAAGCUAGCAAGCAUGGUUGCGAUCUUCUGCAAAACCGACCAGCGGGGUAGAAAUACACAAACAGGGUAACCCAGAUAAAUGUAAAAAUAAUCAAGAUUUAUUUUA